UCACCGCCGCAUCGCCCGGACGACAAAGACGGCCACUUGCAGUACGAACUCGGGGAGAGCAUCACGCCGUACUAUAAAAUUCUCGCCCCGCUAGGAGAAGGCACGUUUGGACGCGUCUUAGAGUGCUGGGACCGAAAGUCUCGGAGCUACUGCGCGGUGAAGAUCAUUCGGAACGUCCAAAAGUACCGCGACGCCGCGAUGAUCGAGAUCGACGUCUUGAAGACGGUGCAAAAGUCCGACCCGGAAGGGAAGUACAACUGCAUCAAGAUGCAGAGCUGGUUCGACUACCGCGGACACAUAUGCAUGGUGUUCGAGAAGUGUGGGCUGAGUCUCUUCGAGUUCCUUCGAAAGAACCACUACAAGCCGUUUUCGCUGAACCUCGUGCAAAACUACGGCCGCCAGCUCUUACGCGCGGUCGCGUUUCUGCACUCGCUGAAGCUCGUGCACACGGACUUGAAGCCGGAAAACAUUCUCCUGCUCUCUAGCGCGUACCAGCGCGUCCCGGUGUCGUCGGGGAGCAAGUUCACUAAACGAGUUCCCACGGACCCGACGAUCAGACUCAUCGACUUUGGCAGCGCGACGUUCGAGAACCAGUACCACUCCACCGUCGUGUCGACGCGUCAUUACCGAGCCCCCGAGGUCAUCCUCGGCAUGGGCUGGUCGUACUCGUGCGACGUGUGGAGCGUCGGGUGCAUUUUAGUCGAGCUGCUCACUGGUGACGCGCUGUUUCAGACGCACGAAAACCUCGAACACCUCGCGAUGAUGGAGGUGUUACUCGGGCCGAUUGGGAGAAACGUGAUUUCCCGCGCGGAUCGACACGCGCAGAAGUACUUCCGCAACGGAAAAGAGCUGAACUGGCCGGAGGGGAGCCAAAGCCGAGAGAGCGAGCGGGCGGUGAUGAAGAUGGAUAGGCUGCAGGACAUCAUCUACGGUCGACUGGACGGAGCGACGGCGAAGCACCUCACGAACCUCUUGCACAAGCUCCUCGAGUUCACCCCAGAGGACCGAAUCACCCCGGCGGACGCGUUGAAGCACCCGUUUUUC